AUGCCACGCAGGGUAACGAGUGACCGCGCGCACUUUGGAAUCCAGAAAAACACAUCCAAUUCCGAGCCAAGCUCCUGUCCAGUGUGCCGAGCCAAUGGAUGUUGCAUCGCCUUCCCAACGACUCAGCUUGCCUCCGGUGUUACUUUGUUGAUAGGAAUUGACUGCAGGCUGACCAGAAUAGGUGCCCAGAGCGGCCCCACCACAAGCCACGAACCAGGCUUCGGCUUGUCCAGCGCAUUUUGUUUGGCUUCGACGCUCGCUUCGCUUCAGUUGCUCCAGGCAAUUCCAAUUUGCGUUUCGCAGCCGCUAAGGCCUCGCAGCGGCAUCAAAGCUGAACAAAUCCAGCAUGAGAGAGUGGGCAUGGCGCCAGCCUGCUCCGAGUCGACUGGGAUGGUACGAAUCCUGGGGUCGUCGUGUCGCCUUGUGACACCGUUUGAUGCCGCUGUCCAGUCUCCACAGGGUCAGCCACCCCUGCCACAGCGCUCUGAUGGCAGCGCCGCUGGGCCUUGGUCGAGUCUCUCAGCGGCCCCUCCGACAUGA